CUUGAACGAUACACAACAUUUCAGAGCAGCCUCGAUAUUACUGGAAAGUUCUAUAGACGUCUUGAACAACUGAUUGCGCCAGCAGCAUAUAAAAUAAGUGUCAAUUUUGUUGUUUACUUGUGUGUGUGUACGUAAGAAAAAUAUGUUUGAGAAUUUGCUUGGCAUUUUUCGUAAACGUCGACGCUGCGAUGAGCAACUGUCUCCUCAGCCCAGUUCCAAUUACGAUAGCGACGAAGACGAAUACAAUGAUGAUGAAAAUUAUGCCCAUCCAGCCGAAUGGACUGGCGCAUAUUUUAGCAACUCGCAAAUCGAUAGACCUUUCAAUGCGAACGAGCGAUUUGUUACAAUACUCGAUCAGCUGGAUGCGCGUGUGGAGAAGUUCCGCAAGGAUUCCCUGAAUUUACAGGAAAAGAAAGACUACCUCUUAAUGUCCAUGGAUCUCAUCAAGAGCAACGAAUUGCUGCAAAACAUGAGUGAGGGGGAGCGCGAGGAGAUCAUGUUGUACAUUCAGCGCGUUAGUUCGCGCCUUGCCACGGUUGAGCUGAAUGUGCGUACCGUAAGGGACGCUUCCCAGGAGGAUUCGCUCAGCCAGAUUAAUGCCUUAAUCGAUACAAUGAUCAAAAUGGGUGAUCCUGUCAUUGGACGUCAGCGUUGUCAGCUAUAUUUAAAUGCCUGCUGCGCCAGCACCAUCGAUCCCAAUGGUCGCAUGGGCACACUGCACGAAGCGGAUGUGGGUCCGAUCGAUAAGAAAUUCGAAAGUGCCUUGCUUGGCUGCACUCUGGACGAUCAGAAGAACAUUAAGAAGCGUUUGCAGGCAUUAAUGGGAUAUCUUAAUAAGCAAACUGUUACCAAUUAAAUUUUAAUAGCUAUCAAUAUGCCGCAAUACUAUACUGGAAUUAUGUUAUGCGAGGGCAAACGAUAAACCAAAACGAAAUUAAAUACACAAUAUGCCGACACAAAUAAA